UGAGUUUUUCCCAUUAUGGCGGAGGGGCCAGCCGUGCGGAUGGACUGUCUCUCCCACUCUGAUGCUUGUUUUGUGUCUUGAGGGAGGACGUUUUAUUUUUAUUUUUUUAACACGUACCCGCGACGGCCCGGCUCCUUUUCAACCAGACAGCACUCGUGUUUAUCGGCGAAGUCAUGGCAGACCGCGGCGUGGAUUUGUCCGCCCUGCCAAAAGAGGUUAGAGACCAAUUGGCGGAGUUGGAUCUGGAGCUGUCUGAAGGUGACAUCACGCAGAAGGGCUAUGAGAAGAAGAGAGCCAAGCUGCUGGCCUCCUACAUCCCCCGUUUGCCAAAUGUGGAUCUGUCUUUGCCAGAUGUACAGCUUUCCCCGGGUCACAGUGCCGACCCCAGCCCGAGUCCUGAGGCUCCAGGCCCCUCCACAUCUUCAGCCUCCAGACACCACCGCGCACACCGCAGUGGAGGGGCCAGGGACGAGCGCUACAGAUCAGACAUCCACACAGAGGCUGUUCAGGCAGCACUGGCCAAACACAAAGAGGAGAAGAUGGCACUGCCCAUGCCAACCAAGAGACGCUCAGCCUUUGUCCAGUCUCCCAUAGAUACCUGCACACCCCCAGACACAUCUUCUGCAUCAGAGGAUGAGGGCUCACUGCGCAGAAAGGCAGCUCUCAGUGCAGUGUUAGCCCAGAGCCUGCAGAGCCCUGAUUACUGGAUCAACCGUUCCGUCCAAAGCUCCUCCACGUCCUCGUCUGCUUCCUCCACCCUCUCCCAUGGAGAGCCCAAAACCCAGCCACAGCCCCAGCUACAACCUGCAGCUUCUCUGUUGGCAGAUGUACUGGCCCACACACGCAUAGAAAACAGCGUCCCCCCAGAUGUGACGUCCUCCACUCCCCAGGAGAGAGGGUCAAGGGUGGACCUGCCUCCGGCGGUCAGAGGCAUGAGCCGUGGACAGAGCCGCUCCAGCAUGCUGGAUACUGCCGACGGCGUGCCUGUCAGUAGCAGGGUGUCCACUAAGAUCCAGCAGCUGUUGAACACACUUAAACGGCCGAAGAGACCCCCACUCAGCGAAUUCUUCCUCGAUGACUCUGAGGAAAUUGUAGAAGUGCCCCAGCCAGACCCCAACACCCCAAAGCCAGAGGGACGUCAGAUCAUCCCAGUGAAGGGGGAGCCCCUCGGCGUGGUCAGUAACUGGCCUCCUGCCCUACAGGCUGCUCUGGCCCGCUGGGGGGCCACCCAGGCCAAGAGCCCUGCCCUCACUGCUCUGGACAUCACCGGCAAACCCCUUUACACACUCACAUAUGGAAAACUAUGGAGUCGCAGUCUGAAACUGGCUUACACACUGCUGAAUAAACUGGGCACCAAGACAGACCCUGUCCUACAACCUGGAGAUCGGGUGGCACUGGUGUAUCCAAACAGCGACCCUGGUAUGUUCUGGGUGGCUUUCUAUGGCUGCCUGCUGGCUGAGGUCAUCCCUGUGCCCAUUGAGGUACCACUGUCACGACAGGAUGCAGGCAGCCAGCAGAUUGGCUUCCUAUUGGGCAGCUGUGGUGUUAGUCUGGCACUGACCAGUGAGGUAUGUCUCAAAGGGCUGCCCAAGACACCAAAUGGAGAGAUCAUCCAGUUCAAAGGAUGGCCGAGGAUGAAAUGGGUAGUGACAGACACCAAGUAUCUGACCAAACCAUCCAAAGACUGGCAGCCUCACAUCCCCACCGCCAACACAGACACCGCCUACAUAGAGUACAAAGCCAGUAAGGAGGGGACGGUGAUGGGAGUUGCUGUGUCCAAGAUCUCCAUGCUGACCCACUGUCAGGCCCUGACGCAGGCCUGCAACUACUGUGAAGGAGAGACACUGGUCAAUGUGUUGGACUGCAAGAAGGAUAUGGGCUUGUGGCAUGGUGUCUUAACGAGUGUAAUGAACAGAAUCCACACCAUCACAGUGCCGUACGCUGUCAUGAAAGCAUGUCCCAUGUCGUGGGUGCAGAGGGUCCACAUUCACAAAGCACGUGUGGCCUUGGUGAAGUGCCGUGACCUCCACUGGGCCAUGAUGGCCCACAAAGACCAGAAGGACACCAACCUGUCCUCCAUACGUAUGCUCAUUGUGGCUGAUGGAGCAAACCCAUGGUCGGUGUCGUCGUGUGAUGCCUUCCUGAAUGUGUUCCAGUCUCAUGGUCUGAAGCCGGAGGUGAUCUGUCCGUGUGCCACCUCUCCCGAGGCCCUGACUGUGGCCAUACGCAGGCCUGGUGCACGAGGAGCUCCACUACCAGCCAGAGCCAUCCUGUCGAUGGGCGGGCUGAGCCACGGGGUGAUCAGGGUGAACACAGAGGACAAGAACUCUGCUCUCACAGUUCAGGAUGUGGGCCACAUCAUGCCUGGAGCUCUGAUGUGCAUUGUAAAACCGGACGGGCCUCCUCAGCUGUGCAAGACAGAUGAAAUAGGAGAGAUUGUGAUCAACUCUCGGGCUGGAGGCACCAUGUACUAUGGCCUGCCUGGUGUCACUAAGAACACAUUUGAGGUGAUCCCUGUCAACCAAGCUGGAGCACCCAUAGGAGAAAUUCCCUUCACUCGGACUGGUCUGCUUGGAUUUGUAGGACCAGGCAGUCUGGUGUUUGUUGUGGGGAAGAUUGAAGGGCUGCUGAUGGUGAGCGGGCGGCGCCACAACGCUGACGACCUGGUGGCCACCGCGCUGGCAGUGGAGCCUGUCAAAACAGUUUACAGGGGGAGGAUCGCUGUGUUCUCAGUGACGGUGUUUUAUGAUGAGAGGAUAGUGAUUGUGGCAGAGCAGAGGCCUGACGCCAGUGAGGAGGACAGCUUCCAGUGGAUGAGUCGAGUGCUGCAGGCCAUUGACAGUAUCCACCAGGUCGGCCUGUACUGCCUCGCACUCGUCCCAGCCAACACCCUCCCAAAGACGCCCCUCGGAGGCAUCCACAUCUGUGAAACGAAGCAGAACUUCCUGGAGGGAAACCUGCACCCCUGUAAUAUCCUCAUGUGCCCGCACACCUGUGUCACCAACAUGCCCAAGCCACGCCAGAAACAGCCAGUGGAUGUCGGCCCAGCUUCGAUGCUGGUCGGGAACUUGGUGGCAGGGAAGCGGAUUGCCCAGGCUACAGGCAGAGAGCUGGGUGUGGUGGAGGACCAGGACCUGAUCAGAAAGCACCAGUUUCUGUCUGAAGCUCUGCAGUUCAGAGCUCAAACUGACCCGGACCAUGUCCUGUAUGUGCUGCUCAAUGCCAAGGGGGUGGCAGUGUGCACAGCCACUUGUGCUCAGCUGCACAAGAGAGCAGAGAAAAUCACAGCGACCCUCAUGGAGAGAGGAGGCCUCAACACAGGAGACAAUGUGGUGCUGCUUUAUCCCCCAGGUGUUGACCUGAUAGCUGCCUUCUACGGCUGUCUCUAUGCGGGGGUCAUCCCUGUGACGGUGAGGCCGCCUCACCCACAGAACCUGGCCGCUACUCUCCCCACUGUCCGCAUGAUCAUCGAUGUGAGCAAAGCAGCCUGCAUCCUCACCACUCAGCCUCUCAUGAGGAUCCUCAGGUCCAGGGAGGCUGCUGCCAGCGUCAACAUCAAGACAUGGCCCACUAUCAUCGACACAGAUGAUCUCCCCAGAAAGCGGCCUCCACACAUUUAUAAACCCCCUACAGCUGAGAUGCUGGCCUACCUGGACUUCAGUGUGUCCACAACAGGCAUGUUGACUGGAGUCAAGAUGUCUCAUGCUGCAGUCAGCACUCUGUGCCGCUCCAUUAAGCUGCAGUGUGAGCUCUACUCCUCACGCCAAAUAGCCAUCUGCCUGGACCCGUACUGUGGCCUGGGCUUCGUCCUGUGGUGCCUCUCCAGUGUUUACUCAGGUCACCAGUCCAUCCUUAUUCCUCCACUGGAGCUGGAGAGCUCGCUGCCUGUGUGGCUGAGCACGCUCAGUCAGUACAAGAUCAGAGACACCUUCUGCUCCUACUCUGUCAUGGAGCUCUGCACCAAAGGCCUGGGCACCCAGACAGAGAUACUGAAGGCGCGGGGUCUGAAUCUGUCGUGCGUGCGGAGCUGUGUGGUGAUAGCAGAGGAGCGUCCUCGCCUCUCUCUCACGCAGUCCUUCUCCAAGCUCUUCAAAGAUCUUGGCCUGUCGCCGCGCGCCGUCAGCACUGCCUUUGGCUCCAGGGUGAACCUGGCCAUCUGUAUGCAGGGCACUUCUGGACCAGAUCCCUCCACCGUCUAUGUUGACAUGAAGUCUCUGCGUCACGACAGGGUGAGGCUGGUGGAACGAGGAGCGCCACAGAGUCUUCCUCUCAUGGAGUCCGGCACUAUCCUACCAGGAGUAAGGGUCAUCAUAGUCAACCCGGAGACCAGAGGCCCGCUGGGAGAUUCACAUCUUGGGGAGAUCUGGGUGAACAGCCCUCACAGUGCCAGUGGCUACUACACCAUCUAUGGGGAGGAGAGCCUGCAGGCGGAUCAUUUCAACACCAGACUCAGCUUUGGGGAGCCUCACACACUGUGGGCCAGGACGGGCUACCUGGGCUUCAUCAAGAGGACUGAGCUGCUGGAUGCGAGCGGAGAUCGUCAUGAUGCUUUGUUUGUGGUGGGCUCUCUUGAUGAAACGUUGGAGUUAAGGGGGCUACGCUAUCACCCCAUCGACAUCGAGACGUCUGUGUCCCGAGCACACCGCUGCAUCGCAGAAAGUGCUGUGUUUACAUGGACCAACCUGCUGGUGGUGGUGGCAGAGCUGAGCGGCUCGGAGCAAGAGGCCUUGGACCUGGUGCCCCUCGUCACCAACGUGGUCCUGGAGGAGCACCACCUCAUUGUUGGGGUGGUGGUCAUCGUGGACCCCGGGGUGAUCCCCAUCAACUCCAGAGGAGAGAAGCAGCGGAUGCACCUGCGAGACUCCUUCCUGGCAGACCAACUGGACCCCAUCUACGUGGCCUACAACAUGUGAUUCACCAACUGAUGAAAAUGCAGAAAACUGAGCCAGGCUCUGAGAACAGACGUGAGGGAGAAGAACUUUGGGGUGCGUUCAGUAGCAGCCCCGAUGUUAAACCUCAGACACACAUUCAGAACACCAAACAGUGUGGGAAUGAGUACAGUUCCAGUAACGAGAACGUGCUUCCCUCUCAGAAAACAGUUCCUUCUUUGCUUCCACCUGCUCAACCGCUGCAGUCCAGGCUCACUGAGAUCUACUGAGGGGGAAGGAUAUUCUCUCUCCUCUUGAUAGUAGAUUCCCCCUGUCAAAUGGAGGAAACUUUAUCCUCUCCUUGCAUCCCACUUCUCCCUCAUGGCUUUCAAUUCAUGUUUUUUUAAAGACAUUUUUAAUAACAUGCUCUCAUCAAAGACAGAAAUCCUCCCCUCCUUUCAUUCCUUGGUUUUUAUCCUGACCCAUUCAUCCUUGUGUGCUUCUUCUUUUUUUUUUUUUUUUUAAUAACCCCCUCGCUUCUUGAAGGCAGGAUGGCACACUGGAACUGCUGAGAGGAGCUGGAACUUUCACCCUCAUGCACUUUAAGUCCUCGCACCUCUGAGUCCACUUCCUGUCUCACCUGCCUCAAGGAGACACCCCCUCCAUGUUUGCUGCUUUCACCAGAGCAAAUCCACAUCAGUAUUAAAAAGUGCCACCAGCGAGUGCAGCCCUACGGGGGCGUUCCUGACAAAUUACCUUCCUCUACCAGGUGCACUGUGGCUUUCACCUCCCAUCACAGUCUGGAUUUGCCAGCAGACGUGCUGUCGGCAUUCACGCAUUACAAACUGUCCUAAAAAAAAUACACUUGAAUUAUUUGUUGGUGUGGGAAAAGAAAGACUCGCUUCAUAAAUAUACAAACCUGGAUGUUAAAGGUGAUCUUUGAUGGGCAAAUUCGGCCUGUUAGAUAGUUCUUAUGAUUGUGAAGUACUAAUAUGUUUUUUAAAAAGCACCAAUUUUCAGAGGAUGAGUUGAAACUAUACCUGGUGUUUAGGUGUGCAUGGUUAUUUAGAAUGCAAUCAGUGUCAACAUGCAGGCCAAAAAAACAAAAACUGUGACAAGCCAUGGAGUCACACAGCAGUGGACUGGUUGAUUAGACGGUCAGCAGUGUAUCGCUCAGUCUUCAUUAGAAGGUGGAGUAUCACGGACUCCAGACAGACUCCAUCUGCUGAGUAAGGUGACCUUGAGUUGAGAUUUUUUUGGUGAAAGGCUGGACAGGAUAGUUCACCAGUUUCCUGCUUAGCUUAACUGAAGCGAGCCGCUAGCUUUCAGUUGUGUGUAGUUUCCCACGUUAAAGAAAAAAGCAUUUUUCACUUAAAGGUUCAGUGUGUAUGAUUUAGGAGGAUAUAUCGGCAGAAAUGGAAUCUGAUAUUCAUAACUGUUUUCAUUAGUGUGUAAUCACAUGAGACUAAGAACUAUUGUGUCUUUGUUACCUUAGAAUGAGCCGUUUAUAGCUACAUAGGGAGCGGGAUUUGGCCACCACAUUAGGCAGCCAUGUUUCUACAGUAGUCCUUAAGGUACAAACCUGGCUCUGGAGAAGAGGGUCUUUCUUGUUCUUACGUCACCUGAAAGCCACCAUAGGUGCUCCUCAAGCGGCAACUUCCGAGGCUAGCAAACGUGGAAGUGGCAUAAACUGCAGUUCCCCGACUGGCCACUUGAGGUUGGCUCUAAGAGUGAGUCAGUAAACCCCCAAGUUAAAAUGCCCAGCUUUACAGCUGUUAACAGCCUGGUACAAAAAUUGGUUUUAUGUCUACAGCUGAUUCCAACAUGUCUGAAGGCUGUACAGGAGGUGAAUUAGUAUUUACUGUGGCUUACAGUUAUGCGUAAUUAAAGGUGGGGCCAGACCCACCCCUCGCUCCUCCACAGCUACACCCUAUCAUCCAAAUAUGGUCACUUCUGGCUCCCAGAAUCCAAGAUGGCAGCGGCCAAAAUGCCAGACUUGAGGCUCCAGGAUGGUAUUCCACAAAUGUUACAACCUGCAACAUAACCGCUAGAUGCCACUAAAUCCUACACGUUGGUCCUUUAACGUUAGCGUCACAGCCGAAUAGAUAAACGUAGAUCUUCAGAAGGCAAGUCAGUGCCUUUUUAUUGCACCAUUGUGACAUUUUUGAUUACGGACUGUUGAAUUUCUAAAAAAUAAGAUAUCAAGACAGAGGACAGAACUUUGCCUUACUAAACCUGUGGAACUUCAGUAAUCUUUAUGUUUAAUCCCUCAUUUCUAGCUGUACUUUAGCGUAUUUAUUUCCACAUUUUUCACGUGGAAUCGGACGCCAGUUUAUAACGCAAAACACACUCAUAUCACAUUUUGUAGAGGAAGGGGGGUGUCUUGGUCUUUUCAUGAAGCCGUUUGCAGUCAUGCCUUUCUCAUUUCAUCAUUACCAUUUAAACCAAUUCUUUCUGAAUGUCUGUAACACUGAAAAAAAAAAUUAGGAAAGAGCAACAAUCAGUAAUCAACCCGUGAUUUAAAAAUGCUAAAAAUCCUCCUUUAUAAAAGAAAUGGAGGCAAUAAAUGAGGGUAAGGAUGUUGUGUGUAAACUGUAUUUUAGAGGUCAAAUACUGUAUUACUGGUGUUAAUGUGUACAUGGAUAUGAACUUUGUCGAUAAAAACUUGACUGAUCUUUCAUACUUGACAGCAUUUUUCUGCAUUGUUAAUUUAAUGGUAUCACAUUGCAAAAGAGAAAAAGGUUUCAGAUUAUUUUGGCAGGAACGAUGUGCACUUUCCCAAUAUCAUUUUAUUUGUGUGUGUGUGUGUGUGUGUGUGUGUGUGUGUGAGGGAGUGUGUGAGUGCGUGUGACCAGUUCAACAGUGAUAUUUGGCUUUUUCUGGUGCAACAAGGUUUGACUUUUGUAAGAAAAUGAUCCCAGAAUAUUGAAAUUUUUUUUUUAUUUGUUUUCUUUUUUAUGUCGCCACCACUGUAUUUUAAUUCUUUCCAUCCAUGAUUGGAAUCAGACAUGUUUUUUUAGGGAUUUCAUCCAUAUUUUCUUCAUAUAAUCAUCCUUUAAAUCUGCACAACUUCUGCAAACAGCUGGUUUUCCUUUAGGAGCAGCUUGACAUACAGCACAACACGUCAAUAAACCACUCUCCGUUCAGUGACGGACACCGAUGACAUGUAUGCGAGCCAGUAUCUGGGGCACGUUAGAGUUACUCAUGAAUAACAAAGUGAAGCUUCUGAGCUGCUGUGUGAUAAUUGCUUUGUUGCUACUGUUUCACUCCAACAAGUUUUAAUAAAGUUUUAUAAUGUCAUGCUGGCCGUCAAGCCUUUUCAAUAGACAUUGGUGCUAUUCAAUAAGGGAAAGUUGACAGACUUUUGUCCUCCAAUGUCGUGACAAAGAAGGUUUUUUCCUGGAUGCCCUUUUUUGUGUGAAAAUAAGUCAUUCUUUUUCCAUGCCAACAUUUCACUCACUGCUCAGUUCUGAAGUUGUUCGUCAUCACCGGAUUUCAUCGGCUCCGAGACCCGAUGAAAACCUUCUCAACAUGGACAAUGCCAAUUGACACAUCCACCAUUUCCAUUUUAAUAUUUAUUUCAGUUUUCAAGUUGUCAUGUUGUGAGGAAUGGCGUGCAUAUCAAACCUCCAAAGUUAUUCUAAGCACAAAAUGUCAAUGUACAUGUGAGGUAAUGAAAUUAGGAUCUUUCACACAAAAACAAAAGCAAACUCAAGGGCCCACAAUGUAUACCUCAACGACUGUCUGUUCACUAUGCAUCGUCGAGCUGCAGCAAAGACAUUCUGAACUAGUCAAUGGUGCGAUAACUUCUAACAACAUGUCUUACUUGACAAAAAACACUGUCACACUGUCAUUGGAUGUGUUUCAUGUUAAAUAAAAAAAAAUCCUUUGUCAGAA